CCUCCUCCGCCUUUAUGCCUCUCCUGUAACAAGCAGCCUAUUUGGGGGGAAGGUUGAGGAGACUGAGAGAGAGAGAGACAGACAGAGCCACUUUCCCCCCAACGCUGGGCUUGGAUUUACCACGCUCCCCCCGGUCCCUCACACUCUUCUUCCCUUUGGGGCUUAAUUUCGUUUAAACAAAAGCAUCAUAUUUUUUGUGGGGGGAGACUGGACGCCAUGUUGUGGAAGCUAGCCGACAACGUCAAGUACGAAGAGGACUGCGAGGACCGGCAUGAUGGCAGCAGCAAUGGGAACCCCAGAUUGCCCCACCUCUCAGCCGUCAGCCAGCACCUGUAUAGUCCGGCUCCCCCUCUUUCCCACUCAGGGGCUUCGGAUUUUCAGCCUCCUUACUUCCCUCCCCCUUACCAGCCUCUGCCUUACUCUCAGUCCAGUGAUCCAUACUCGCACCUUGGGGAUCCGUUUUCCAUCAGUCCUCUCCACCAGCCUCCACCACCGCCUCCCAGCCAGCAACAAACCAGCUGGCCCAACCGCCAGACUAACCAAGAUCCUUCCAAUCUAUCUCACCAUGCCCGUUCAGGCUUGGUCCCUCAUCUCCCGGCUCUGGAAAGUGGCUCUGCUGGGGUGAGGAGAGAAACCUACAGACGAUCAGAGCUUCUCCUGCCCCAUGGCCAUGGUCUUGAUGCCUCCAGCAUAGCAGAAAACCUUGGACUACAUGAAAUGGCUCAUCAGAUGGAAGAGGUGCAGAAUGUGGAAGAUCAACAUUUAUUAAUGCAUGACCAGACAGUCAUUAGAAAAGGUCCAAUUUCAUUAACGAAAAACAAUGCAUUAGGUCUCCCUUGCCAGAAGGAUGGACUCAUCGGAGUAGUGAUCAACCCCAAUGAGGUAUUCUGCUCCGUUCCUGGCCGGCUUUCUCUCCUCAGUUCCACGUCUAAAUACAAAGUGACAGUAGCAGAGGUUCAAAGGAGGCUCUCUCCCCCAGAAUGUCUCAAUGCUUCUUUGCUGGGAGGAGUUCUCAGAAGAGCCAAAUCUAAAAAUGGUGGUCGAUCAUUAAGGGAGAAGUUGGACAAAAUUGGCUUGAACCUUCCUGCUGGCAGAAGGAAAGCUGCAAAUGUGACCUUACUGACAUCAUUGGUGGAAGGUGAAGCUGUACACCUUGCCCGGGAUUUUGGCUAUGUAUGUGAAACUGAAUUUCCUGCUAAGGCUGUGGCAGAAUACUUAACACGUCCACAUAUGGGUCGUAAUGAUUUGACUUCCAGGAAGAGCAUGUUGCUUGCUGCAAAGCAGAUCUGUAAAGAAUUCACUGAACUUCUCACUCAGGAUCGAACCCCUCUUGGUAAUGCGAGGCCAAGCCCUAUUUUAGACCCUGGCAUCCAGGGCUGUUUAACUCACUUCAGUCUGAUCACACAUGGCUUUGGAAGUGCGGCGAUCUGUGCUGCCAUGACAUCCCUCCAGAACUACUUGAAUGAAGCAAUAAAAAUAGCAGACAAAACAUAUAUGAAUGCAGGGGACCAGAGCCCUGUGGAAACCAAUAAAAGCAUUGACAAGAUGGACAAACACCGGAAAUGAGACCAAGGAAAUAGAAGAAGUAGAAGAAGAAGAAAAAGAACAAAAGACUUUAUAAAAAACUGAUUUCGCACAUAGACUUGCAAUCAUCUUGCCUGGAGGGCAUGUAGAUAUCUGUUACAACUUACUUUGGGGUGUGUUUAUUAUUAUUUUGUUUUUAAAAGCAUCAUUUUGUGAAUCCUCCAUGAGAUACACAUGUCUCUCUUCCUCUUUUUUAAAGCUGCCAUUAUCCAUUCAGUUGAGGGACUAGGUACCAGAAGGUAACUUGGGUACAAGCUUUUAAAAUAAUUGUGUUUAAACAGUCAAAAGUGGUGCUAUUUCUCUUUUAAAACUGUUGAAGUCUGUGACGUGCUAUUUCUAGACACUUGGUCAAGAACCAUUUUCCCCCCUUGUAUGUUUUUGGUAGCUUGCUGGUUGGAUUGAGGCACAGCACUGAUCCAGAUCCUGGGAUGGUUAUUUUUGGUCUAAAACUACCAAAGUCCUCAGCUGGCUGGGAGACUCAGGAGUGUUAGUCCAAAAGCAACCUUUCUAGGCUUUGCGUUAAAUUGUAAUUAAGUGCUGGACUAAGUAAAGUGUCUCUUUUCAUACUGUUGUUGGACUGCAACUUCCACUGGCCCUAGCCAGCAUGUUGGUGGUUGUAGUUAAGCAACUUUGGGAGGACUGCACUUUGUCUAUUCCUGUGUUAGUGAUAGGCGUGUGCAGUACCCCUUCUUCAUUAGUUGCAAGAAGAAGAUUGGAAACCUCUCCUUUCUCUUUUAACACACAUGGCUUUAUUGUUGUACCUGAAAAUAAUAAAAUAUGGUCUGAUUUAAACUGGUUUAUUGAUAGAAAACAAGAUCUUUAAGCCACAGUUUGCUCCUGGUUUUUUCCAGUGCAUAAUAGGUUUCUUGGCAGCCACCAUUCCCCUGUUUGCACAAACUAUUGCAGUCCUUGCUACUGAAAAUGUGCUUGUCGCCUCCUUACUUUUCCUUACUUUAGCAACAGGAGAAAAGCUGCUGUGUCUAGGGUCUUGCAGAAUUCUGGGCUGCAAUAUGCCAUCAUUGUAAUUGCCACUGAAUACUGCCAACAAUUGCAAUGGCAGGAGAACUUUGUGCUUCACAAAUGCACCAUCAGUACUACAGAUUUGCCCACCCCUGGUUCACACUACACAUAGUUUACACAAGCCACAGUUUUGUUUUACUAUGAUUAAUAAACAUUCUUUAAACAGGGAGUAGAUGUUUCCAGUCUCCUGCUUGUGGCUGUGUGGAGGAUGAGAUGGAAGGAGAGAAUGCAUAGGAUACACUAGGCUCAUUUACUUAAUGCUAAAACACUGGCUUAGCAUUGUGACUGAACUAGGCCAUAGGGUGCACAUGCAGGUUGUACAUGUGCAGUGUGAGAGAACUUGGAUUGUGCUCCAUAGAAGGCAUGAAUUGCAGGCUCAGCUUGAGAGAUGCUUUUAGCCAAGAAACAAAGAGGAGUUAAAGGGCAGUCAUAGAGCUUCCAAAUCAGGAGACCAUCAAUAAUGAUCUCACACAAGGAUAGACAAAAAACAAAAUAGCCCUCACAUCCACUGAAUUGGAGGCCCAAAGAGGAGUUUCCACUUCUUGUCACUUCUUCUAAUGAUGGAAUUUUGUGAGACUCUGUCAUGCAGUCUCAGAGCUUUAUGCCACUGCUCACAUCUGCAGGAUACAAUUAUAAAAUCAUGAUUCCACCUUAACUUCCACUGUUCCUUCCUAGAGAAUCCUGAGACUGGAUGUCUAGUGAGGCACUGAAGCUCACUCUGGUUGAGAAGUCUAAAUUCUUUAAACUACCAAUCCUAGGACUCCAUAGGAUGGAACUAUGACAGUUAAAGUGUAGAGUAAUAGUAAUAUGUCCAUUCCGCACCAUAUACCCCCUGAAGUAGCUGCUGAAUUUCAUCAAUAGCUUUAGUGGUAGUUGGAGUUUAUAUAUGAGAGAAUGCAUCUCCCAAAAGAAUAGGAUGGUGGUAGUAGUCAAUAUGGCCUCCAAAGACCAUGAGGUUGCCCCAUUCCAGCUUGAAUAGAAUUAAUUUGGGGGAAAGUGUCUGAAUUCUGCUAAAUAUAUCUUGGGAAAUGGGCAGCAGAAAAAAAUUUAUGCAGUAUUGUUGUGUGCGUUCAAGUCAUUUCUGCUAUCGCAGUUUUCUUGGCAAGUUUCCUCAGAGGGGGGGGGGGUUUGCUGUUGCCAACCUCUGAGGCUAAAAAAGUGGCUUGCCCAAGGUCACCCACUGGGUUUAUAUGGCUGAACUGAGAUUCGAACCCUGGUCUGCAGGGUUGUAAUCUAAUACUCAAUAUGCCACCUUGCUAUUUGAAUUCCUGACAAGAGGUCCAAAGUGACAACCUGGUUGGAAAAGAGAUGGUUGUGUUCAUUCCCCAACCUGGUGUCUCACACUACAGUGACAAUCACAUUCUACUAAGAAGGACAGAAGUUGUAGUUUGACACAUCUUGAGCACAGGUAGUUGGGGAAGUGCAAAAUAAUGUAUUGGGUGAUAAUUUUAAUGCUUGGUGUCACUUCUUGGUUUUUAGGGAAUGACUCUGACAUGUGGUUAUAUAGUCAAAUAAAUACUUAGAAAUACAUAUUCUAAUGUGAGCGAGCAAGCAGUGAAAGCAUAUUGUAGCAGACCUUUAUACAUACACAAGGAAAAAGGAUUCAAACUUUAUAAAACCUUUUUUUCAUUCGCUGUAAAAAAAGGUCAGGACAUUGCAGCUUUAUAACACAUCAGGUCUUGUGCUUUUAAACUAAGAAAACUUGAAAGAAUAGGCACAUAAUGUUUAAUUAUUUUUGUUUUUGCCUACAUUGGCCAAAAAUUAUAUAUAAAAAUAAAUAAAUAAAUAAAUAUAUAUAUAUAUCCAGGGAGGUUUUAUGUGUAUACAGGAAAACUGUGUGUUGAAUGUAUAUAUUUAUUUAUGUGUAAUUUAAUAGGAUUUGUAAAUAACUGUGAACAUUUUAAUACUUUUUUAAAUAAAUGGGCUUUAGAUUUCAUGGUCCUUCCUCUGCAUCCCAGAAAAAAAGGGUAAAGGGUUAGCUCAGUACACUGUUAGAUCUGUACAGAUCUGUUUUAUGCUGGGUAUUUAAAAGACUUUAUUAAAAAAAUAAAAUAAAAAUAAAAUCCUUCCAUUUUUUUGCCACUGAAGAUUUAUAUCUGAUCUGAGAGGUGUGUUAACAAAGCAAUAACUUUGUGUAUUUGGUAGCAACCAUUUGAAAUGAGUAUGAGGGACAGUGUGUAUGGGACUGGGGUGGGGGAUAAUAGCGAUCAUAAAACAAUAUCCCUCUUGGUUUUGUAAAUGUUCCUCAUUAAUCCACUGCCAUUGUAUAGGAUGCUCCAUAUAAUAAAAAGUA